GGAAGAGGACGAUGAUAUCGGUGGCAGCGAUGAUGUGCAGCUCGAGGGUGAGAGGAGGAACGUGGGGUCCACUUUGCGGUCGUCGUCUUUCUUGCGACACGCGUCAACGUGUAACCGUCGGCUGAAAGGCAAACAGGAGACAUCUGCUUUUAUUUGUGAAGGCUACAUGGUGUGUGUUCCCCUCUCAGAGUGUGGAUGUGUGGGGGUCCAGAGAUGGAAAGCUACGAGGAGUUCUGCCUGCGGAGUUUGGCCACACUGCAGGAGAAGGGCCAAUUCAAGAAGGUGACAUGUGAGACGCCGUGUUCCCUCAAGGCUCUUUCCGUCAUCCGCUUCUAUGGAAGAGCUGUGCUUUCGCCACUGCUGAAUGCAGAGCAGCGUACCAUGAUGUGUGGCCACAGAGAACGAGCGGUCCAGCGGGAGAUGGACAGGCAGAACCAGCAGAGGAACGAGCUGUUGGCCCGAGUUCAGGACAUACUGGGUCAGGCUCAGACACAUAAAGCACAGAGUGAAGAGGAUGACAAGCUGCCAGUUUCUAAAUCUGCGACAGUCAGUGGAUACACUCUGGUCACUGACUCACCUGGACUUCCCAGAGAGCCUGAAUUUGGGCUUCAGACAAAUGAUCAGCUUCCAACUCCAUUUUCUGAGAGCCCCACCCUCAGUGGCUGCAAUACAGUGCAGGAAGUGAAGGUGAUGAGUGAAGAGAAGAGUGAGGAGGAAGAGGAGGAUGAUGAGGAUAUUAGUUUGGAUAGCCUUCUUAAGAAAUCAAGAGAGUAUGUGAAGAGAGAGCAGAGUCAGCCGGGGUCAGAAGUUGUCCACACAGUCACCCGGACUCCUACGUCUGAGACCGUCCCUGUCAAGGAGAUUAGGAGCUCUAGUCCAACUAGGGACAAGAGCGUUGAGUUUGGAUUCAGUCUGCAUCAUAGCCUUAUUAGCACACCUCAGACCCUGAUCCAGCAUCAAAGUCUAUAUGACCCCAGUUUCCAAAGGUCUGGUUGCCUCUCACCUAGUCUACCUGACCGGUAUGCCCAUCUCCCCAGUCUAGAGUCCAGCAUUAGUCCCUGUGCCCGGAGGCGUAGACCACGCCCAGUCUCUACAGGCAACAUCCAUAUUUCAUUUCCCAUUGGCCCAGCAGACCUUAUCCCCCGUGGCCCUGGAAGGCCAGGGGAAGGUGCUAGCAUGGCAGAUUGGGGAGAAGCUCUUGCAGGGGCCACAAAGUCUUCCGAACACCGGGGCUUGGUGGGGAAUGAAGGCGGGAGCAGGAGCGGCAAUCGUCAAUCCAGUCAUUGUGGUAGCAGUCCAGUGCAAGAGGCCUGUAGCCCUGUAACCCCCUCAACGCCCAGCCCAAUGGGACACCGUGAUCCUCCAACUGCAAGCUUCCGGCGGCGCUGCCACACCCUGGAUAGCCAGCACAUAGACCGCUGCCAGGAAAGGAUCCCUCGUUUCAUGGCAGGAGUAUCUUGGUUGGCUCCCAGUCGGCGCACCCCUGCAGCCGCCUUAAACCAGUCGUAUGACGUAGAGAAUCCUUCACCAAAUCUGCUGAGGCCCCAUGUGUCUCCUGAUAUGACUCAUGUCACACUCAGGAUGGAGCCCGAUGAUCCUCAGGGGCCAAACCAUGGACGGAUCAGAAAUGCACCUGAAGCACAGGCCGGCAAGACAGAGGAGACCCAGAGGCGGACGCAGGCUCUAGAGGACAUGCAAAGACGUCUGGAGGAGGAGCACGCUUUGCAGAUGUCGAUGCUCCUGGCUGAGCAGGAGGAAGAGCAACAGUGCCUCCGAAUGGAGCUUGAGGAGACAGGGAGAAGCCUGAAGGAGCAGGGGUGUGUGCGGCCUCUGGGUGGAGAUGGUUAUGGGUGGCAUCGUAGGUCCGUGAGUGACAGCUGUCCUGUUGUGAGCCCCUCUUGCCCGGGUCUCAGCCUUGCACACACACCAUCUGAGAGAUCACCUGGACACAGCAGAGGUUUUCCCAAUCCUGUUAGUCCCAGUGUGUGCACUCCCUCUGCCCAGCCUCCAAUUUACCUGUGGGGGCCCACUUGGGUGGCUAGCAAACCUCGAGCAAGGCUAAGUCUGAUUCUGACAGCAGAGCAGCAGAUGGCAUUCUGUCGAAUUGGUGCUAUCACUCGAGGCUUCCUCACUCGCAGAUUGCUCAGGACAGAAAAGGUCAAACACCUGCGCCAGACCAUCGUGGAUACACAGGAGUUCAUCCGUUCAUUCAAAACUGAAGCCCCACAAAAGAAAUGCACCUUCUCAGCACAAGAUCUCUCCCUGCAGGAGAGAGUUAGAGCGCAGUUACGUGCAGCCCAAUAUGAUAUCCAUGACAUCUUCUUUGAAAUGCCUCUGGGAGAUCGAUUAGCAUUGCUGCAGCAGGACAGGGAGCUCCGUGCAGAGAGGAAACUUCGAGACCUGGAAAAAACAAAGUGCCCCAAAGAAAGAGCGGUUCUGUCUGCUGCCACACAGAGGUCUCUGGACAGGAAAAAUAGGGUUGGUGAAUCCCCAGCACAGUCGAGGAAGAUGCAGCAGAAACCAAAGAGCCCCACUACCAACAGAGUCCUGAAGCCGAGCCAAUGCCAAAAUUCUUCUGCCCCAGGCCAGCUGAACCGUCAGGGGAGCUGGUACAGAAAGACCCCGGAGGAGAGAGUAAAGCGCUCUGACAGCCUAAAGAAGCAGCACUCUCUUGGUUAACUGGUGACUCUUUUCUCAACACUGGAACUCCAGCAAGCACUGCUUACAGUAUGAUGGUCUUUCAUCUACCUUCUGAGAUUCAAAUGAUUGUAUACGCUAUCACAAUGCCAUUGCUGUAACUGUUGUAGCUAUCGUUUUUAGUGCCAACAACUGAUUGUCAAAGACAAGACAUGUGUAGCUGGAGUAAUCAAUGACAAGGUAGGCACAGUUUACAUUUUUUUAAAGAAAAAGAUAACUCCUGUAUUUGUGCUUAAAUACAAUCCUGAACAAGGUCAGAGUUGAAGGGAAAUAUAUUCAAACAAUUUAUCUGUGCCUAUAAGACCUAUGCCUUUGCUAUAUGUAAUAUUUUGGCAUGCUGAUAUUUACCAUUUGUGUUCAUAAACAUCUAGUGCUUAUAGCUGUUAGCGAAUUUACAACCACCAGGUUCAUGCUGACACUCACUAAUGUGAUUUAAGUGUGUAUAAUGUCUAUACAUAUUUUGCUCAAGGGCUUUGAAAACCAAUUUGUGCUUUGUUUCUUUAUUUAAUGGUGCUGAGUUUGCUGUAAUUUCACCUUUAUCAAUGCCUAAUAAAAAGAUGUUUAAAUGUAUUUGUUUACACACUGGCAAACUGUUACAUUAAUGUUCCUUAGCAUAGCAGCACAUAUUCUGUGUUUUCUUUUUUUUUUGCUACAGAUGUAGAAAUUAUAUAUAUUUUUUCCUCUUUAUUUCCCAUCAAAGAAAUCGGAGAAAUGAGGGUUUGACAUAUUAUACAAGGACAUUAAUGUGAACAUAUUAUCACAACACAUCUUAAUCGGUACGCUAUCUUGUUCACUGCAAUACCACAUCAACUGCAGUGACACGCUCGCCUUUUUUAUUUUGAUUUAAAGCAUUCCGAUUAAAGAUUUUGGGUCAACUGUUUGCAAGUAACGUGAUUUAAUACGUUCUGAUGAUUACUUGUGUCACAGUAUUAGGCCCCAUGUAAACAUACAUAUUGACUUUAUACUUCCAUCAGUAGUGUCAUUGGUGCACCUGUUUAUACUGUACAUGCAUUUAUUUGUAUUUAAAAUGCUAAAGUGUCAUGUUUUCAGUGAGCAGAAUAAAUGGUUAAUUAUCUGAA